AUGUUCAUUGUCAUGGAUAUCCGCAAACAAUCGACAACGUGCACAGCAGACCUGCCAAGUUCGAAUCAAUGUUCUCAAACAUAUUGUAAAAAUAUGCAAGACUUCUAUCGAUAUCUAUUAUUACUGAUUCCUGUUGUAUUCUUGGUCCUAUCUAUUGAUGUUGUUCAAUGUCGAAUUGCAUCGACGAAGUCACUCGACCGUCAGCGAGCAUCGUUCACAAAUAUUGAUUAUAUAAAUAUCUGCAUGUUUCGAAAAUCUCGAUUAUGUGAUUUUCUGCGUGAAAUGCAUGCAAGAUCAAAUGAUUCAAAAGAAGAACAGGAUCUAAUAAAACGUGGCCUGAAACGAUUCUACAGUAAUUGGUAG